CAAUUUUUUUCACCAGAAUACCUUUGAUGUAUUGAUUAUUGGGAUAAAGUUAAGUUUGCAAUGAGUAGCGAGGAAAGUCUAGAUCUGCCACUGCUCAGUUUGGAAAGUGGCUAUAAAGUAGAACACUACCUUUUGAAGUUAACUUGUCAUUUGGAACAAAAGACUUUUUCUGGGGAAGUUUAUGUUUUUGUUAAAAGUACUUGUCCAGAGUCGGUAUUGAUUUUAGAUCUCAAAGAUUUAUUUAUUGACAAAGUGGAAGAAGUUGAUUGCAGCGAUGGGGAAAUUUUGACCUUUUUAAGCAGUUUUGAGGAAAGAAAGAAUUUCGAGCAGUUUGGUUAUUGGACGUCAAAGAAAGCCAGGAGAGUACUGAACUCUAACUUGGAAAGUUGGUGUGUUAAAAUAACAUCUCUUGAAAAAAGAGAAACACUGGUUUGUCUUCACUACCGUACCAAACCAGAAGGAAGCUCAGUUUCCUGGAUUCUUGAUGAUGAUGGAGCAAAUUCUUGCUGCCUUACUACUGGGAGUCUAAUCAACAAUCGAUCUCUGAUGCCCAGUCAAGAUGCACCAGCUCUCAUGGCUACUUGGCAGUUAUUGCUGCAAGUCCCAAACGAUUUCAGUGCAACCACCACCGGUGACGAAACCGGGCUUGUUACUGAUGCGGGUACUUAUUUUUUCACGUCGAUGCUGCUACCGAUAUCUACUUUUGCUCUUGGAAUCGGGAAAUGGAAAUGUACUGACAUUCCUAUGAGUGUAGAAUGUGUUGUGCCUGAUGAUCGAUUGAUAGAAUGUCGCCAUCCGCAUUAUCCGUGUCCGUUCGCCCAGAUUGAUGUUGUCGGUCCUCGGAUCUCUUGUCGAGUCUUCCAUUCAGAUUCCUUUGACCCAUCGAUUCUCAAGGAUUACAUCUCUUCUUCGAUUGAAACCAUUUAUCGCAUUCUGGGAAGGCAUGUUGUUCCGAAAUUGGAUUUUAUCAUCGUUCCACAAUCUGUGGCCUGUCUCGGGUUCGCGUCUCCGGGUCUGAUAUUGAUCUCGCCCACCAUUCUUUUCGGCCAAACACCGAUGCUGGCUAGACUUGGCCACGAAAUCAGUCACUCUUGGUUCGGCAUAAACAUUGGCCCGAAAAACUGGAACGAAGAGUGGAUAAGUGAAGGUUUCGCGACUUUUAUGGAGGAUGUCGUCGAUUUAAAGAUGUCAAAGUUUGCUCAUCGAAAUGAACUUAUGGCGUUGAAGGCAAUCAAUCGCUAUGAGAUCCUCAAGUCUGAUUGCCAAAAUGUCGAUCCUUCUCUGCAGCGGAUGAGCGCAUUCGAUCCGGAACUUAACGUUGUUAUCAAUGGCUUGAAUCGGGACAAGACAGUCUCGCAAAUUCCCUAUUUGAAGGGUUAUUUCUUUCUGAUUCAGCUGGUCAACAUUGUUGGCUUAGAUCCUCUCUUGAUGGCAUUGAAAUGCUUCGUCGAACAUUUUCACGGCUGUUUGGUGACCACAGCCGAAUGCGUCGAAUUCUUUUGCCUUCGAUUCCAGCAAAAAGAGGAGAUACGGCACCAUGCGCAAAUGUGGCUCUACAGCUCCUUAUUGCCCAAACUGAACAACGACCUAUUCGCUACCAAUCGCCUGGACGCCGAAGUGGCUGAGCACUUUGAGUAUUGGAAGCGGCGGCCCAAACAAAAUCCACCCUCGUUCACAUUUCCUCAAUCCACACCUGACCAAGUCCUUGCUUUAUUGGAUCGGUUACUGGUAUUGGAAAGUAAAUUACUUUCGAAAAAUGUUUGCCGUUUCAUGGAUCAUUACAAGCCUCAUUUGAUGAAUGCGGAUGUCUACCACCGUGCUUGCGAAUUGAUUGUUGCUCAGCGGUGUACUCCGCUUUUGCAUUUGGUUCAGCAGUUUCUACUUCAACAUCCGGCCAUGGGCGCUUAUCUUUAUGGAGAGCUCGUCCACUCGGAUCGUUCAGAGUUCCAUGCCGUUGCCAUGGAAACCUAUCGUCAAUUAGAAAACAAACUGGAUGUUAAUUUAAAAUCCAUUAUAAGUGAUCUCAUCUUUUAAUGAGCUCAAUAAAAAUGUAUUUGAAAAUCG